GAGCGCAUCUCCCAUCACCCCCUGUCACGACUUUGAAUCGAGUAGAGCAAUUCCAUGGGCUUGCCUUUAACCUUGAUACCAUGGUCUGGUGUCACAACCGCAAGCAAAGCGACCGCAGGGCACAUACAUUCUCUGCGCUUUGGUGUGCAUCGCCUCAGGACGGCGUGCUUUUUCAGUCAGCACGCGCCUAGAUUCCGCCAUGCAAAUUCUCUCGCUUCCCGGCAGCCAUGCCAACAUCCUCGGCGUAUAUUGAGAUACCUCAUCCUAAUUGCAGUCAAGACUGAUCUUUGCACCCACCGCAACACGCACUUGUCUCUCACGCAUGCGGUGAUCGUCCCAGAUCUGCUUCGUCCAGAUCACGAUGACCUCCGCAGUCACUCCAUUGCGACACCGCCUCUCUCGCAUUCUCGAAUCGGCUCCGUGGCUGCCAAUUCUGUACGGCGAUCUUGGUGCUUCUCGUCUGAGCUAAGCAAUGGGCGGCCGAAUCGAAGGGCGUUGCGGCAAGGGCAGUGCUCGGCAAGAGGAGGGCAGGCAAUUAGUUCAUCUAGCAUGGGAUUGUCUGCUCUGAAGCGAAGGCGUCAUCCCUCCCUAGCCUGACGUGUUGGACAUGGUGCGCGGUAUACGAAGCGUUGCCAAAAGUCGCAGUCACGCGUUCAUGGCCUGGUUGAUGAUUUUAGGUAACGCAGCCUGCCGAAAUGUGAGAGCUGCACGAUUCGCAGCUUCGUGGCUAAUUCUCAAUACCCGUUGCAUCUUGACUUCGCCGAUACAUGGCUCGCAAUGCCGUUCCUUGCACAGCCCUUGCCCAAAUUGCUG